AUGGCUUGCAGCUGCGAGUGCCAGGCGGGAUUCGCCGGCCCCAACUGCGAGGACGACGUGGACGAGUGCGCCUCCAGCCCCUGCCGAAACCGCGGGAUCUGCCAGGACCUCGCCAACAGGUUUCGAUGCAUUUGCCCCCUGGGGCACUUUGGUGCUCUGUGCGACCUGGAUGUGGACGAAUGCGAGGCCUCUUCCUGUCUGCACGGCGGGACGUGCGUCAGCACGCGAGGAGGGGUCAGGUGCACCUGCCCACCGGGGUACACAGGAGACCGGUGUGAGUCGGACGUUGACGAGUGCGCUUCGGACCCGUGCCAAAACGGCGGUGAGUGCGCGGACGGGCCGGAUCGUUACCGCUGCGCGUGCCCCCCCGGCCUCUCGGGGCUCCACUGCGAGACCGACGCCCGCGAAUGCGCCUCCAGCCCCUGUCUGCACGGCAGCUGCUUGGACGGGGCGGACGGAUACACUUGCGAGUGCGAGCCGGGCUGGAGUGGCUACAGAUGUGAGACUAAUAUCAAUGAGUGUGAUUCUAGCCCCUGCAUGAACGGAGCUACCUGCGUGGACCGGGUGGACAGGUUCGCCUGCUUCUGCCCCGAAGGGUUUUUGGGGAAGCGCUGUCAGGUGGACGUGGACGUGGACGUGUGCCUGCAGGCCCCCCGGGGUCUGCCCCUCUGCUUCAAUGGGGGUACCUGCCAGGACGGGCCCGGAGCCAACUUCACUUGCAGGUGUCCCGCAGGCUUCUCGGGCGAGCGCUGUGAGCUGGAGGUGAACGAGUGUCGCUCGGAGCCCUGCCUGCACGGCGCCGUCUGCCACGACCUCGUCAACGGAUACCGCUGUCUCUGCCAGCCAGGUUGGACAGGCCUUCAGUGUGAAGAUGACAUUAAUGAGUGCCUGCCAGAGCCCUGCAGUCAUGGCCUGUGCUUCCAGAACGUUCCCGGCCGCGGAUACACCUGCUUCUGUCGCCCCGGAUUUGUGGGGAAGAACUGUGAACAGAACUACGACGACUGUCUACUGCGGCCCUGCCCAGAGGCACACACCUGCAUCGACGGCAUCAACAACGUCAGCUGUGUUCCCACGGUAACAAGCGUCCGCGCCGCACCUGGAACCACACCGCCCCCCCGGGGCCCCCUCUCCCCCGCCUCGGCGCCAGCGUCCGCGGCCUGGCCAACCGGGAGCCCGGAGGAAGCGGCUCCGCCCACAGAUUUCGGCUAUGCGUGGUACUCUGGCGACUCCUACAUGGAGUUUGAAGGCAUCGAUCCGGGCGCCGUGGGCAACGUCUCGGUGAGGUUUCGGAGCCGAGCGCCGGAAGGGACCGUCCUCUACGCCGACCCGGGCCCCGGCGGCGGCAACGGAUUCUUCGCCAGGCUCUUCGUCGCGAGGGGAGUGCUGCAGUAUGAAUUUGCCUGUAACCAAGGAGGCAGAACGCAGAGGAUCAAUACCACAAUCCAGGUGGACAGUGGAGAUGAGCACAUGGUCCACAUCAGGCAAAGCUCGUCCCCGUGUGGAGCGGAGGUGACGGUCUCAGGCUAUGGAAGGGCACAGAGCACAUUCAGCCUUGAUUGGUCAGGGCUGACCGUGCAGAGAACUGGCCGCGUCUUCAUCGGAGGCCUACCUCUCAACUACCCAACACCCCGGGGAGAUCAGCAGUUCUACAACUUUACCGGCUGCAUUGAAAUCAUGGAAAUGAAUAAGAUGGGAAGAUUCUACAUGUCUAAAGCCAUCGGUGGGAGCAACGUGGAGAAAUGCAGGCGCCCCGGACUCAGCGAGACCCCAACAGCGAGCCAUUUGGAGCGAGUGGACGGGACGGCCACGCCCCCCCCGGACCCCCCCUCGGGCCCCCCCCCGGCGGAGGCCUGUCGGGACGAGCCGUGCCGGAACGGAGGGACCUGUCGGCCGCGGCGCUCGCCCAGCGGGGCGGCGUCUUUCGGCUGCGACUGCCCCCUGCACUUCACCGGGCCGCUCUGUGACCAGGACACUGCUGUAUUCUUCCCCUCUUUCGACGGGACGUCGUACCUGGAGAUGCCGUUCCUUACCUCUCUGCUGGGGACCGAGGGGAAUGGGAGCGCUCUACCGCCCCCGGAGGCGGGAUAUGUAGUUACACUUUAUUUGACCGUGAAAUCGAACGCGUCCCUGGGCUCCAUCCUCUACACUCGAGAGGAAGACGUGGGCGACCGUUUCCUGCACUUGUUCCUGGAGAACGGCAGACCCGUUGUCGAGCUCGGUUGCGGCGGCGCUAACGUUCUGACGGUGAAGGCGGGUCAAAGCGUCGGAUGGGAGAGGCUGACCCCAGUCAUGAUCCGAUACCGUUUGCCUGAGAGUGAGGAAGGAGGGCAUUGUGGGAUUGAAAUGGUGGUGGAUGAUGGGCCUGCUAACAGACGAUACAAAAAGCUGACUCGCCCGAUGACACAGGUGCGUUUCGGGCCCCUGUUCCUGGGGGGCGUCCCGUCCCACGCGGAGCUUCCCGAGGGCGCGGGUCCGGAGGCCGGGUUCCAGGGCUGCGUGCGCGAGCUGCAGGUGAACAGCAGGGAGCUCUUCAUCGUGGACGAAGCCGUGAGAGGGAAGAACAUCGGAAACUGCAACGCCCCCGUCUGCCAGCGAAACCCCUGCCAAAAUGGAGGCACCUGCAUCAGCGAUGCGGAGAGCUGGUUCUGCCGAUGCCCCGGUCCCUUCUCUGGCAGGCUGUGCCAGUUCAGGACCUGCCAGGGCAGUCCCUGUGCUCACGGGGGCACGUGUGUGCCCAGGCCCGGGCAGGAAGCCGUGUGCCUGUGCCCAUACGGACGGGCGGGCAUCCUGUGUGAGGAGGCCGUCGAUAUUACACGGCCCAGCUUCAACGGGACAGACGAGUUCGGCUUCACCUCGUUCAUGGCCUACCCCUCCCUCCCUGGCGUCAGCCUCUUCUACGAGUUCCAGGUGAAGCUCACCUUCUCCAGCGAGGACUCCGCCCUGAGGGACAACCUCAUCCUCUACUCCGGACAGAAAGGACAAGGAAUCAAUGGCGACGACUUCCUGGUGUUGGGGGUGCGGAGCGGCAGGAUCGUUCACCGGUUCAACCUGGGCUCCGGAGUCAGAACCAUCGUCAGCGACCGCAUCGUCCGCGGGACCGGAGUCCACACGGUGCGCUUCGGUCGGUCCCUCAGAACCGGGUGGUUAAAGGUGGAUGACCAAAAGAAUAAGACAGGGUCUUCUCCAGGACAGCUGGUGGGCCUCAAUGUUUUCAGUCAGCUCUAUGUGGGGGGGUACAGGGAGUACACCCCCGAACUGCUACCCUGGGGCGCCAGAUUUCAAAAUGGAUUUCAAGGGUGCAUAUUUGACCUGCGCUUUCGGGCCAGGGGCGGGGGCCGGUUCCGGGCCCCAGGGAGGCCGGAGGAGCACCCGAACUCGGGGCGCAGCGUAGGACAGUGCGGGGUCACCCCCUGUGCGCUCGUCCAGUGCCAGAACGGAGGAACCUGCGUGGACUCGGGUUCCACAGUUUACUGCAGGUGUGCGUUAGGAUGGAAGGGGGCGCUCUGCUCGGAGACGGUCUCCGUGUGCGAUGCUGAACACAGCCCCCCUCCCCUCUGUGCCCGCGGCUCCACCUGCGUCCCUCUGCCCCGGGGCUACACCUGCCGGUGUCCCCUGGGCACCGCUGGAGAGUAUUGCCAGGAAGCUCUGGCCAUCAGCGACCCUUCCUUCAGCGCUAACCGCUCGUCCUGGAUGUCCUUCAGCGGCAUCGAGGGACUCCGGCACAGAACAGACCUGCGGCUGCAGUUCCGGUCUCUGUCACCAGAGGGCAUCCUGUUCUACGCGGCGCAGCGCCUCAGCGCUCAAGCAGGGGACUUCUUCUGCGUGUGCCUGGCGUCGGGCUUCGCCGAGCUGCGCUACGACCUCGGGGACGCCGCGGUGACGGUGCGCUCGGCCUCCCGCGUGGACGCCAGCGGCGGGGCGUGGCACACGCUGCGGGCAGGGCGGGACGGGAGGCGGGGCUACCUGUCUCUGGACGGGGCGGAGGCGCGGGGGGGGGCGUCCCCAGGGGGGAUGGCGGCGCUGGACGUGGGCCCGGACGUCUUCGUGGGGGGCGUCCCGUCCCUGGACGCGGUGGCCGGCGGGGCGGUUGGGGGGGGUGAGCGGGCGGGGUUCACCGGCUGCGUCCGCGAGGCGGUCCUGAACGGGCGGCGGCUGGAGCUGAGCGAGGGCGGGGCGUCGGGCGGGGCCGGCGUGGGCGACUGCGACGGGACGGCCUGCGGGCACGGGGCCUGCGGGCACGGGGGCACCUGCGUGCCCUUGGGCCCUCCCCGCGACGGCUUCGCCUGCUCCUGCCCCCCGCCCUGGACCGGCCCCGGGUGCGAGCUCCACGCGGCGUGCGCGGGACAGCCCUGCCGGAACGGCGGCCUGUGCCACCCCGACGCCGCCGGCGCCUCCUACGCCUGCGCCUGCCCGCUGGGGUGGCAGGGCGGGCGCUGCGACAGGCGGGUCACCCUGGAGACCGCGCGCUUCGCCGGGCGCUCCUACCUGAGGUACAGCGACCCCGCGCACGGGGGGCGGGACCUGACCCGCGUCAGGGUGACCUUCAGCUUCAGCGCCGGGGAACCAGACGGACUGAUGCUGUGGGCGGGGCCGGCCCGGGCGCACGGCGGCGACCACCUCGCGGUGGGCCUGCGGGGGGGCCGCCUCACAGUCGCCGUCGGCCUCGGGGAGGGGGCGACGCCCCCCAUCACCCACAGAGCGACUGCAGUCUGCUGCCACCGCUGGCACGUCGUCACGCUCGACCAGAACAGGACCGUGGUCCAGGUCUCCCUGGACGGGGAGCGGGUGGUCUUCCGGGACCUGGACCCGUUCGAGCGCUACGUGCAAGUCGACCACGGCGGCGUCUUCUACUUCGGCGGGUUCGAGCCGGACAGGGACGUGGAGACCGCGACCGACGGUCUCUUCGACCGGGGGUUCGUGGGCGAGAUAAAAGACGUGUUUUUGUACCGGGACACCAGCAAGGUGGAGUUUCUACAGAACUCUGAGGGGUUCAAUGUUUACACGGGAGACGAGUAA